AUGACCGAGUACAUCGGUCGUGUGCGGAUUGAGGAAGGCGCCUCGCUGCGCAUCAACCUCCUGCGUGCUGAGGACCAAGGCUGGUACGAGUGCCGCGUGCUCUUCCUCGACCGGCACAGCACUGACGCUGACUUCCAGAACGGCACCUGGAUCCACCUCACCGUCAAUGCACCCCCCACCUUCCUGGAGACCCCCCCUGCAUUUGUGGAGGUGAGGAACGGGACACUGAGCAUCGCUGUCGUGGAGCGUGCCAGUGCAGGCACUUACACCUGCCAUGCUUCCAGCGAGGAGGGCACCAUCACCCACACCACCCGUGUGCUUGUGCAGGGGCCACCCAUCAUCGUGGUGCCACCCCAGAACGUUACUGUCAACAUCUCCCAAGAUGCCUUUCUGGCGUGCCAGGCCGAGGCAUACCCGGGAAACCUCACCUACACCUGGUUCCAGGGCAGCAGCAACGUUUUCCACCUCAGCCGCCUCCAGACUCGGGUCCGUGUCCUGGUGGACGGGAGUCUCUUGCUCCAGCGAACAACCCCGGAUGAUGCCGGCAAAUACACCUGCAUCCCCAGCAACGGGCUGUGGAAGCCACCUUCUGCCUCGGCCUUCGUCACACUCCCUGGCUGGUCUGUGAGACCGGAUGGCUCCAUUGUCAUUGCAACGGGGAACGAUGAUGCUCUGGGAGUGUACACAUGUACCCCAUACAACAGCUACGGUACUGCUGGCGAGUCCCAGCCCACACGUGUUCUGCUGAAGGACCCCCCCGCCUUCACAGUGCGCCCCAAGGGGGAAUACUUCCAGGAGGUGGGCCGGGAGCUGGUGAUCCCCUGUCAUGGGGUCUGGGAGUGCACGGCUACCAACCAGGUAGCCAGCGUCAGCACCACCACUUCUGUCCACGUGCUGGGUACCAGUCCUCAUGCUGUCACCAACGUCUCUGUGCUCCCGCUCCUGCUGGCAGCCAAUGUCUCCUGGGAGCCAGGGUUUGAUGGAGGUUAUUUCCAGAGGUUCAGCGUCUGGUACACACCACUGGUGAAGCAUCCGCCCCGGGCCCAUCAUGACUGGGUGUCACUCUCAGUGCCGGUGGGGGCUCAACACCUCUUGGUGGAGAAUCUGCAGCCAGACAUGAGCUACCAGUUCAGCGUCCUGGCCCAGAACAAGCUGGGCAGCGGCCCCUUCAGCCAGAUUGACGCCUUCUACGAGUUCCGACUGGUGGCCUUUGCUGGCAGCUACAUCAGCGAUCCCAGCAAUACGGUGAACGUCUCCACAGCAGGCAUGGAGGUGUAUCCGUCUCGCACUCAGCUGCCAGAGCUCCUGCCGCAGCCGGUGCUGGCCGGGGUCAUCGGGGGGAUCUGCUUCCUCAGCGUGGCUGUCAUCUUCAGCACCAUGGCCGCCUGCAUCAUGAACCGCCGGCGUGCUGCCCGCAUCCAGAAGCGAAGGCAAGAUCCACCACUCGUCUUCUCCCCCAGCAAGAAGCUUCUACCUCCACACAAUUCUCAUGGCUCUGGUAGCCCAGACAGCACUGUGAAGCUGAAGCUGCAGCCGUCUCCCUACCGGAGCUUGCGCCAGACGCUGCUGUGGGGGGCUGGGGGUUCCCUGCAGCACACGGGGCAGACGCUGUGCCCGGACUCCAUUGACACAUGUGCCAACGCCAUCUCCCCCCCAGCCACUGCUUUCCUCAAGCCCCCCAGGCUGCCGGUGGGUCCUGCCAAGGCCUCGCUGCCUGGCAGUGCUGCCUGGCCCAGCUCCCCCAGCCCUGGGGCCAGCCCGGGGCCCCCCACCCAGUCAGCUCACCGCCUCCCUGCUGGUGGUGGUAGGACUGAAGCUGUGCCCUCAACUGGCACCGCAGAGCCCAGCUGGGCACCAUGUGGGCCCCUGGAUCCUCCCCCCCUGGAGAAGCUGCCACGGGGCAGUUUGACCAGCCAGAGCAGCGGCCGGGGCAGCGCCUCCUUCCUGCGGCCUCCCUCACUGGCACCGUCCCUGGGGGGCAACUGCCUGGGCACCCCCCUCGGGGACAGGGGCAGCUGGCACAGCAGAGGUUCGGUGGCGGAGGAGGGCAGGGCGAGGAUGAAUCCAGCCCUCGGUGGCACCGGAAAGAGGAGGAACACCUCGGUGGACGAGAACUAUGAGUGGGACGCGGAGUUUGCCCUGGAGUCAGACAUCCUUGAGGCGCUGCAGCUCUACCGCAGGGUCCAAAUCGCCCUCUGUUACCCCCUGCCUCCCCUGGCCGAGUCCUUCCAGAAUCCUGCCCCUGUGUCACCGUUUUCAUGA